UGCAACCAGCCAUCUGCCAAAAAAAAAGAUUUUGCUGGAUUAUUGUUCGGUCGACAACUUCGAUUAAAAAAAUAAGAAUAAAUAAAAUACAGUGGUAAAAAUUGUUUUAGAAACUAAUAAUUGCCUACCAUAUAGUUUACCAUUUCACUACUUAUUAUAUGCUUUUUAAAUUACUUAAGAUAACUUUUCCCUAGGAUUUUCUUUAACGUACAUUGAAAUGGAAGAUAAUUCCUGUAGCGAUGACGAAAUUAAGGAUUCGCCCUCGAGCCCUAUAUUAGGUAGUAAAAAGUUGAAAUUAAACGAUGGAAGUUCACAGGACAGUGUUAAGGAAACUCCGUCUGGUACUAAAGAGGAGAAAGAUGAAAAUGUGGACAGUGGGGUAUCGGCAGACAAGUCUGAGAGUACAAGUAGUGAGGAUCGCGCAACUACAGCCGUCGAGGCGCCCGUAAACAACGAACUUGUGACAGUCGCUCCAUCCAGCAGUAACGUCCAUGCCAUAUUACUAAAUAUCAGACAUCCGAGAAGGUCAAGGUUUUAUAGGAAACGCAAGACACCAGAUAGGGACUCUGAUAGUGAUUCGUCACGGGAUUCUGAUGAUUUGUCAGUGGAGGAAGCACCAGAAGAAAGAGCUAAUAACUUGACAGAUGGAGAUUCUGCUACAGACUCCUCUAACGGAAUGCGUAGUGCAAGCAGCAGCUUAGUCAACAGAAGCAGCUCUGACACAUCGUCAGACUCAAAUGAGAGCUAUGAUAGUGAUGAUAUAAUCAACAUCCAGCCGGGAGACACGGACAGUGAUGAAGCCCCCUGGUUCAGGAACAAUGACGAUGAGAACCAGGGCAAGCUGCCACCAGUGCUGAUGAAAACACAACCUAAACAUAAAUAUCAGAUUCUUAGAGAGGUGUUCAAUCGAGAGAUGGGUCUAACGUUUCCUUACGGCAAGAUGAUUCAGAGUGACUUGAUGUUUGAACGCAGGUUCUACGGCUCACUUCACGCCGUGUACAGGCUGGACAAAUUGCAUAAUCUUGUCAAGCACAAGGGCUGUGUUAAUUCUAUUAAUUUUCAUCCGGAAGGUCGAUUGCUAGCGUCGGGAUCAGAUGACACCAACGUCAUUAUAUGGGACUGGGCGAAGAGGACAGCUCUGCAGACCAUCAAGACUGGUCACAAAUCUAAUGUGUUCCAGAGCAAAUUCCUCUACCUCAAUGCUCAGAGCCAACUUAAUAUUGUCACAUGCGCCAGAGAUGGACAGGUGCGAUUGCUGCAAUGUCCCGCCAGCGGCGGCACGGCGUCGCGGCGGCGGCUCGCGUCGCACAAGCGCGCUGCACACAAGCUGCACGUGUCGGCCGCCGACCCGCACGUCGUGGUCUCCGCGGGGGAGGACGGCCUGGUCAUCGUGUCCGAUGUGCGAGUGGAGCGUUCUGUGAAGAACUUCCACCUGUGCUCGUUCCCACUGUACAGCAUGGCGGGGCACCCGCUCAACAAGCACCAGCUCCUGUUGGCGGGACAGGACAAGUUCGUGCACGUGUUCGACACGCGCCGCGCCACGCAGCCGCUUGCCCAGUACUGCCCCGGACACUUCCACGACCAGCCAAACAAAGGAUCACGGCGUAUGAAGUCUUCGAUGCAUCUAACAUGCGCGGUGUACAAUCAUAACGGAACGGAAAUAUUGGGCUCCUACAACGACGAAGAUGUUUACUUGUUUGACGUCAACAAAGAUGUUUACGACAAAGACACAAGUGACGGCAAAGACGGAUAUACACAUCGGUAUAGUGGACAUCGUAAUAUUGCUACAUUUAAGGGGGUCUCGUUCUUUGGGCCGAAAAGUGAAUAUAUCGUGUCUGGAUCGGACUGCUCAUAUAUUUACAUUUGGGAGAAGGAGUCGGAGGCUAUAGUACAGUGGAUGGAGGGGGAUAUGAAUGGUGUGGUAAAUUGUAUAGAAACCCACCCCCGCUUCCCCGUGAUGGCGACGAGCGGCCUCGACAAGGACGUCAAGCUAUGGAUACCAAAGAGACAGGUGGAUCCCGAUUAUAAAGGAAUGAAAAAGGUAGUACGCGAAAACAGCUUUUCGCCCCGAAGUCCGUUAUUCAACGAUUUCCUGCCAUCUUUGUACAGCGCGUGGCGGAACGAGUCUCGCUCUAACGCGGACGACUCCAUACCUUCCUACGGCGGAAACAUCGAGUUCGACGGAAACGUCUGCACCGCCUUCUAGCGCGAUACUCCUCCCCCCUCAGGGGGUAACCGCCCCUGAUCGUCACAAGAGCGUGUGUGCACUGCGUCCGAUCUGAAUCCGAGAUAACAAAAAAAUACAUAGGCUGUUAGCGUCCAUCAACUAGAAAAUAGUGUGUGUCACUUUUACGCAUGGUUGAAAUAAAACUUUUGAUAAUGAGCCCUAAAAAGUUUUGUCAUUUAGUAGUAACAGUAAGUAAAAAAUAGAGCAUCUAAUCUGUGGCAGUUUAAAACACUUCGAUAAAAGAUGGAGCCUCAAAGCAGCUGUUCUGUUUGGUGACCAUUUUCAUCGGAAGUGAAUUUUGAGCGUUUCUUCCGUUCGAAGUUACUCUCUAAAGGUUUACUUAAAAAUAACUCUGGCAUUGAGCUUGCGCAGUGAGUGAUAUCUGUUAUAGAAUUGCGCGUAAUCUAAUUACAAUCCGGGUAUCUUUAAAACGAGUGAAUAGACAUCUUCUAGGUAAAUGCAUCCCAUCUUAGGCCACAUGAUCACUUUCCAUCAGGUGUGAUUGUGGUCAAGCGUGUGCCUAAAAUUAAGUUUAAAAAAUACUUGUAUAUUAUGUCCAUUUCAUUGGUCAUCAUAAAAUUAUUUUAUUAGCGCGUUCACGUGACCACACACUAUAGUUUCAUAAUAAUAUCAUUUGUUGAAAAGGAUGGAUAGAUUUUAAGUUCUGUCAGCUAGUUAUGUUCCGAUUGUACAGUUGGUUCCAAUACUUCCGUUAGAGCCAGUUGUUAAUCAGGCAGUCAACGUUAUGUUACGGUUAACGUUAAACUUUGACUGCCCAAACAAAGUGGUGAGUGAACAAGACAUUAUUCAUACCACCAUGAUUAAAGUUUUUUUUUUCUCUCUUGUCUGGCUUUACAAAGAUUAGCCAAUGUCAAGUGUGUAGUUAUUUGUAACAAAUUGGUUAAACUAUACAAGUAUGGACCCCGUCUGUACCGGCGCUCGCCGACACACGCACGGCACCCCCUUGGAGCGCUUUCCAGUCCGUUUUAACAAAAAAAAAAAAAAAAACACUCCAAAAAGGCAGAGCACGCCCGCCAGCUAACACCAACACAAACAAAGUCCAUGAUUAAAGUUAUAAGUAAAAAGUUUCAAAUAUUAACAAACACCUACUUUUGCAACCAAUUUAGGUUUUAUUGACAUUCAAUACAGAUAGCAUUAUUUGCUUCAAUAAGGGUAUAAAAAAAGAUACAAUUAUUCAUUGAUAUUGAUCCAAAGAUUCAAAGUUUAAAAGUAACUGUGUAACUUAACCGCUUGAUAUGCAACUGGCACUCACAUAUACAUUAGAUACAUUAUAUUUAAAAUUUCUAGUGUUUCAAGCGUGUCUGUAUAUUGUAUAGUUUGUAUGUUGUUUAUAUAUAUAUUUGUUGUUAUAAAUAUUUCAUUUAAGUAGGUACAUAGUUUGGGCACAGACUGAAGGAAAAAGAUAGAUGGAAUGAUGAACAAACAUGUUCAUAGAAAUGCAGCCACUUCCGAUUGGCUGAUAUUCUUCUACUAUGGGAUACAUAGUAGUUGAAGUGCCACAAAUUAUUUGUCAGCCAAUAACGACAAAUUGCGAGGAGAAGAGAAUCACAAGUCUUAUGCUAUGGACAGUCUGCUGACUUAUGUAUAAGGCGUUGAUACAGUUAUGCAAGCGUUUGGGUUUUAUUAUCCUUUUUAAAACGGUUGUUUUUAAAAAUUAGUUACUUAUCUCUGUCUUUUUCCUUCAUUACGGGGCCACAGCUUUCGGCCAUACUGUAAUCGCACACUGUGACUCAGCCGAAACAUACGCGCCGGUUAUUUCAUAAUGACUUUGAAAUUCGAACGCAUUUUCGGUACUAAAAUUGUGUUGCUUGUGGCUCAUCUCGUAUUAUGCGACUUUGUCCGCAAAGAUUGCAGAAAUUUCGAACCCCUAUUUUACCCUCUUAGGGGUUGAAUUUUCAAAAAUCUUAGUGGAUGUCUACAUUAUAACUCAUAACAGCUAUCUGCAUGCCAAAUUUCAGCCCGAUCCGUCCAUUUUUUUGAACUGUGCUUUGAAAUAUCAGUCAGUCAGCUUUGAGAGGGACAACCUUUGCUUUCUCAAUCACUCAUUGACGAAAUAUGUGUUGUUUGGAUCAGCCAAGUAAGAUCGAGCGAAUUGCGUGAAGAAUAUGGUAGAUUGGUAUUUUUAUGAUUUAUAUCUAUCCAAAUAUAACAAAAAGUCAUUUUUGUCUUUUCUUGUAGCACUCUGGUGGCAAAGCACUACAGUAAAUCGAAAAUACUGCAGCAUGUACCUUAAGUAACAUUUUUUAGUAACGAGUAUGAAAAAUUCGUUGUGUGGCUCGAAUUAAAGAGAUCAGCUUUAUCUGUCCGCUUAUAAGAAAAAGUUAUGGCCCCACGGUCUGUGGUUUUGGGUAAUAAUAAAAGUUAUAUUUCAAGGAGAUAACUUUCCGUUCACACAAUGUAUGUGAACAUGGAACAUUUUAUGCCUGUGAUAUGUUUGUUUGUGAAAAUAAUUUAAAUGAUAAGUCCAUUUUGUAAGCUCAUUGUGCGUGUAUGGUUAUUUGCAGCAAUGUGUAACAUAUUAUUUUAAUAUACAUAGAUGAAAAGAAUUAAUUUAAUUAAUGAAUAAAAAUUAGCUACGUAUACUUCGCGUGCAGAUUGGUAGGAGAAUCAUUCAAUCAUCAGACAAUCAAACAUUUACUAAUAUAAAAUUCUGUUUUCUGUUAAUGUAUCAAACUGUGUUUGCAUUAAUCACAUAUCUAACUUGUUGAAAAUAAUUUGUUUGAAAUUUUAUAGCCUAAGACGAUGGUAUAACAUAUUCCAUCAUAUUAAAUAAUUUACCUGAUUCCUUGCAGUGUGAAUACAAAGUCAACAAAACAGUUUAUAAAAUUGUCAUACAACAUCACAAGUGUAGCAACGUAAUACUAAUAAUUUGGAAUUUCACACUAUGUAUAAUCCGUAAAAAAUGACUUCUCACGCGCCAUUUUAACUUUGUGUCAAAUAUCACGUCAAAAGUACGAUUUUAGUAAUUCUUUUCUUGUUUGGUGGCUUUUUGUAGUGCCAGACCAGCAAAAUGCACAAGACAAGACACCAGAACAGUGUCAAGUAGAAUGUAAACAUAGAAGAUUGAUAGGUAAAAAUGUGCCAAUUUUCUUCAAAGUAAUAAUUGUUGUAUAAUAGAAGAAGGCUUAACAUAUUUCUUAGUAAAUUAUACUAUUUAUUUUAAAGGGGAACCAUACUUUUGACAUGACAGUUGACCCAUAGAGUUAAACGUGAGAAGUAUUUUUGUACGGAAUAUACUUAUAGGCGUGUUUAUUUGUUUAGCUUUCCUACGCUGGUAGUGAGCAACUCAUAUAGACAUUUCCUCUGUGAAGCGUGAAGAGUAUGGCAAUCAUAACUUUUUUUUUGUUACUAAGAACUGUAAUAAGGCUAGUUAUUUUCCUAUAGUUAUAUUGAAAGGAAGUUAAGGUAACCAAUACUUGUGAAAAAAACCCACAAAAAUUGUAAAAAUAUAUAAAAAAUAGUAAAAUUAUUUCAUAAAAGUGA